CAUCCAUAUUGCUAGUGAAACACAAAAACAAAAGUCUUCUAUCUUCGUUGAUCACGGACAAUAUACUACAACAUCAUCAUCAUCUUGAUCUCAAUCUCAAAACUCAGAGCAACAACAACAACAUAGAGACAAAAAAACCAUGUCGAAGGAUGAUGUUUUCAUUGGCUCAAUUGACCAAGGAACCAGCAGCACCAGGUUCAUAAUCUACGACAAAUCAGCUCGCCCAAUCGGAUCUCACCAGGCUGAGUUCACUCAGUUCUACCCACAAGCAGGGUGGGUGGAGCAUGAUCCUAUGGAGAUCUUGGAGAGCGUGAAGGUGUGUAUUGCUAAGGCUUUGGACAAGGCUACUGCUGAUGGGUUCAAUGUGGAUAAGGGGUUGAAGGCUAUUGGUCUCACCAAUCAGAGGGAGACUACUCUGGUUUGGAGCAAAUCCACUGGUGCUCCUCUUCAUAAUGCCAUUGUUUGGAUGGAUGUUCGCACUGCUUCUGUUUGCAGGAGGCUAGAAAAGGAGUUAUCCGGUGGUAGAACCCACUUUGUGGAGAGUUGUGGUUUGCCUCUCAGCACAUAUUUCAGUGCUGUGAAACUGCUGUGGUUGAUGGAAAAUGUGGAUGCUGUCAAGGAGGCUAUAAAGAAAAAGGAUGCCCUGUUUGGAACUAUAGAUACUUGGUUGAUAUGGAACUUAACUGGUGGAGUGAAGGGAGGGUUGCAUGUUACUGAUGUUUCUAACGCAUCCCGGACAAUGCUGAUGAAUCUGAAAACGCUUGAGUGGGAUGCAGAUACCUUGAAAACCCUUGGAAUCCCUUCUGAAAUUUUGCCUAAGAUUGUCAGCAACUCUGAAAUUAUUGGAAAUGUUGCUACUGGCUGGCCAAUUGCUGGUGUCCCUAUAUCUGGUUGUUUAGGGGAUCAACAUGCUGCAAUGCUAGGACAAGCAUGCCGCAAAGGAGAGGCAAAAAGCACUUAUGGCACUGGUGCUUUCAUAUUACUAAACACUGGUGAAGGGAUAGUUCAGUCAAAGCAUGGUCUUCUAUCCACCAUUGCCUUCAAGCUCGGUCCGAAAGCUCCAGCCAAUUAUGCACUGGAAGGAUCAGUUGCUAUUGCUGGAGCAGCAGUGCAGUGGCUUAGAGACAGUCUUGGCAUCAUUGCUAGUGCUCCAGAGAUAGAGGCUCUGGCAUUACAGGUUGAAUCAACAGGUGGGGUUUACUUUGUUCCUGCUUUCAAUGGAUUGUUUGCUCCGUGGUGGCGUGAUGAUGCUCGAGGGGUUCUUAUUGGGAUCACAAGGUUUACGAGCAAGGCUCACAUAGCUCGAGCUGUGCUUGAGAGUAUGUGUUUUCAAGUGAGAGAUGUUUUGGAUUCAAUGCAGAAAGAUUCCUCAGAAGAGUCCAAGACAGAUGAGUUUUUGCUAAGAGUGGAUGGUGGGGCAACUGCUAACAAUCUGUUGAUGCAGAUUCAGGCAGAUUUGAUGGGAAGCUCAGUAAUUAGACCUGCUGAUAUAGAGACAACUGCUCUUGGAGCAGCCUAUGCAGCUGGGUUAGGUGCUGGGAUUUGGAGUGAAGAUUUUCUUUUCGAUUCUAAGGAGAAAAUGAAGAAUGCUAAUGUUUUCCGUCCAACAAUGGUGGAGGAAGUGAGGAAGAAGAAAGUGGAUUCUUGGUGCAAAGCUGUUAGCAGAACAUUUGACUUAGCAGAUCUUACUCUUUGAUUGUGUCUUCGCAAUUAAUUUUUUUCCACAUCCUCUAUUUAUGACUACACUUUUUUAUCUUUUAGUCUUGGUCACUAAAAUAAAGUGAAUAAGUAUGUCAAUUGUCAAAUAAAUUUGACCUUUUGUUUUCUAAUUUGUUCCUUAUUUUCCUUGUGUUUGGGUAGGAAAAUAUGCAUUGUCUAGAAAGAAAAUGAGAAUACAUGUGUGAGCUCUGUAAUGAUCUUUUCAUAGCAUCUUUGGAUCAAACUUAUUUUUCCUCAAUCAGUUAUGAGUUCUAUUCA